AUGAAGGGGAGCCAUGCCCUCCUGCUGGUGGCCCUCACCCUGCUCUGCAUCUGCCGGAUGGCCACAGGGGACGACAAGGAUGAGUUUUUCAUGGACUUCCUGCAAACACUGCUGGUGGGGACCCCAGAGGAGCUCUAUGAGGGGACCUUGGGCAAGUACAAUGUCAACGAAGAUGCCAAGGCAGCAAUGACUGAACUCAAGUCCUGCAUAGAUGGCCUGCAGCCAAUGCACAAGGCGGAGCUGGUCAAGCUGCUGGUAUGAGGGCGGCGGGCACCCCAUUUUCUAAAGAUCUGCAGCCUUAC